UAGCUAGCUUGCUUAGCUUGUUAUAUAAAGGGCCGCAGGGAGCCGCGCCUCUUGCUCAUCCGAUCCGAUCCAUGGACAGCCAGGUAGCUAGAGGGUAGCAGCAGCAGCAGGUCGAGAUCGAUCGAUGGCCCAGCAGGCAGCAGUCCAGGUGCAGCCCAGCAGCACCUUGGAGAUGAUGAUGAAGAAGCCGCAGGCCAGCAGCUGCUGCUCCGAGGACAUGGCGGACCUGGAGCUCGCGCUGGAGCCGACCACGGUGCCGCGUCAGGACUCUCUGUACAGGGACGCGACGAGGGCGGGCGGCGGCGGCGGGAACCUGCACGACGGGCAGCAGGACGGGUGGGCGCGGACUCUGCGGCUGGCCUUCCAGUGCGUGGGCGUGCUCUACGGCGACAUCGGGACGUCGCCGCUGUACGUGUACUCGAGCACCUUCACCGGCGGCAUCCACCACACCGACGACCUCCUGGGCGUGCUCUCGCUCAUCAUCUACAGCUUCCUCCUCUUCACCAUCAUCAAGUACGUCUACAUCGCGCUCAGGGCAAACGACGACGGGGACGGCGGUACGUUCGCGCUCUACUCGCUCAUCUCCCGUCACGCCAAGGUGAGCCUUGUGCCCAACCACCAGGCCGAGGACGAGCUGAUGCACAUCGACGGCGGCGGCGACGAGGCCGUGCUGGCGGCCAAGCCGUCGCUCCGCGGCAGCGUGCGGCGGCGGACGGUGCAGCUGGCGUCGCCGAGGGAGCAGCGGGCGCAGUGGGUGAAGCAGCUGCUGGAGACGAGCAAGCCCGUGCGCAUCUCGCUCUUCCUGCUCACCGUCCUCGCCACGGCCAUGGUCAUCAGCGACGCCUGCCUCACGCCGGCCAUCUCCGUGCUCUCCGCCGUCGGGGGGCUCAAAGAGAAAGCGCCAAACCUCACAACAGACCAGAUCGUGUGGAUGACUGUGGGCAUCCUGGUGCUGCUCUUCGGCGUGCAGCGGUUCGGCACCCACAAGGUGGGCUACCUGUUCGCCCCCGUCGUCCUCCUGUGGCUCCUCCUCAUCGGCGGCGUCGGCGUCUACAACCUCCUCCGCCACGACGUCGGCGUCCUCCGCGCCUUCAACCCCAAGUACAUCCUCGACUACUUCCGCCGCAACGGCCGCAACGGCUGGGUCUCCCUCGGCGGCGUGCUCCUCUGCUUCACCGGCACCGAGGCCCUCUUCGCGGACCUCGGCUACUUCAGCGUCCGCUCCAUCCAGCUCAGCUUCGCCUUCGGCCUCGUCCCCGCCGUCCUCCUCGCCUACAUCGGCCAGGCCGCCUUCCUCCGCCGCCACCCGGACCAGGUGGCCAGCGCCUUCUACCGCUCCACGCCGGAGGCCCUCUUCUGGCCCACCCUCGUGCUCGCCCUGGGCGCCUCCGUGGUGGGCAGCCAGGCCAUGAUCUCGUGCGCCUUCGCCACCAUCUCCCACUCGCAGGCGCUGGGCUGCUUCCCGCGGGUCAAGGUGCUCCACACCUCGCGCCAGUACCAGGGCCAGCUCUACAUCCCCGAGGUGAACCUCCUCCUGGCCGUCGCCGCCUGCGUCGUCACGCUCGCCGCCAGGACCACGGCCGUCAUCGCCGAGGCGCACGGCAUCUGCGUGGUGCUCGUCAUGCUCGUCACCACGCUGCUGCUCACCCUGGUGAUGCUUCUCGUGUGGCGGGUGAACGCCGCCUGCGUCGCGCUCUUCUUCGUCGUCUUCGCCGCCGCCGAGUCGGCCUACCUGUCCUCCGUGCUCUACCGCCUGGCGCACGGCGGGUACAUCCCCGUGGCCAUGUCGGCGGCGCUCAUGGGCGUCAUGGUGCUGUGGCACUACGUGCACGUGCGGCGGUACGAGCACGAGCUGGGGCGCACGGUGUCGCACGAGAGCGUGCGGGAGCUGCUGGCGCGGCGCGACGUGGCGCGCGCGCCAGGCGUGGGGCUCUUCUACACGGAGCUGGUGCAGGGCAUCCCGCCGGUGUUCCCGCACCUGGUGGACAAGAUCCCCUCCGUCCACGCUGUGCUGCUCUUCGUGUCGGUGAAGCACCUGCCCGUGCCGCACGUGGACGCGGCGGAGCGGUUCCUGUUCCGGCAGGUGGUGGCUAUGUCCGACGACGACGACCGCCGGGUGUUCCGGUGCGUGGCGCGGUACGGGUACCGGGACCCGCUGGAGGAGGCGAGGGACUUCGCGGGCAGCCUGGUGGAGCGGCUCCAGUAUUACGUGCGGGACGUGAACCUGUACGGCGAGGCGGGCGCCUGCAUCCUUGGGGUGAGCUACCCGAGCUCGCGCUGCGACAGCAUGCGGCGGCAGAGGUCCGUCGGCAUCGGCAGCAACAUGAACAUGAUGAUGCGUCCGUCGGCGUCGUGCACGGAGCAUCCGGCGCUGCAGCGCGCCUGCAGCAGGCCAGGCGUGUUCGCUGAGGAGAUGCUGACGCCGGCGGAGUCCUUCUCGGAGCUGUCGCGGAUGGGGAGCGUGGCCCAGGCGCAGGCGGCCAAGAUCCAGCAGGUGAGCCUGGAGGAGAUUGCUCGGAUCGAGGAGGAGCAGCGCUUCAUCCAGCGGGAGAUGGACAAGGGGGUGGUGUACAUCCUCGGGGAGGCCGAGGUGGUGGCGCGGCCGCACUCGUCGCUGCUCAACAAGCUCAUGGUCAACUACGCCUACGCCUUCCUCCGCAACAACUGCCGCCAGGGGGAGAAGAUGCUCGCCAUCCCAAAGUCGCAGCUGCUCAAGGUCGGAAUCACAUACGAGAUCUGAAUGCUCCAUCCAUCCAUCCAUCGGUUACAGUUACUACACAUAUAGCUAGUAUGAAGUAGUAGCACUACAGUUACAGUUACAGUUACAGUCAGUAGUUAGGUGGUGCCUCGCUCGACUGAAUGAAUUGCUAUGCUGCAUCUUGCAUGUCUCUAGCUAGCAGAUGCUGCAUCAGCGCAUGACAUCAUCUGACUGCUUGCUCUAGCUAUCUCAACUGAAUUGUAUAUAUUGAUGAACCUCCUGUAUUAUAUUGGCUUCAUUGUUGGUUCAAUUAUAUAUUAUCAUUAUUAUAUUCCUUGAA